GUUCACAUCACCGGCCACAUUCGCUACACUGGCUUUGUCCGCCGACUGAACCACCAGGAACUUUGUCACCCAACCCCAAAGAGCAGCGAAAAUGGCUCAACUCACACAGAUGACCAACGAACAGCUCCAUGCGCUGAUCGAAGCGGUAAGGGCGGCCGCCGUGGGCGCCGCCGGAAGUGCAGCGGCAGCUGCAGCCGAAGGAGCAGACCCCACCAAAGGCAAGGGCAGCUUCUCCACGUGCACACACAGCUUCGGCGGAGCGCGCGAUCACGACGUGGUCGAGGAGUUCCUUGCCAACAUCACGUUGUACAAGGAGCUGGAGGGGAUCAGCGACGAGAACGCCCUGAAGGGCAUCUCACUGCUGUUCUACGGAAUGGCCAGCACCUGGUGGCAGGGCGUUCGUAAGGAGGCCGUGACGUGGAAAGAUGCCAUCGAUCUCAUCCGCGACCACUUCUCGCCCACCAAGCCCGCCUACCAGGUCUACAUGGAGUUCUUCCAAAACAAGCAGGACGACCAUGUACCCAUUGACACCUUCGUGAUCCAGAAGCGAGCGCUGCUGGCCCAGCUGCCCAGCGGCCGCCACGACGAGGAUACGGAACUGGAUCUCCUGUUCGGCCUGCUGAACAUCAAGUACCGCAAGCACAUCACCCGCCAGAGUAUCCGUACCUUCAAGGAUCUGCUGGAACAGGGCCGCAUCAUUGAGCACAACAACCAGGAGGACCAAGAACUCGUCGCCGCAUCAAAGAACACCCGUGGCUCCAAGCGCACCACCCGCUGCACCUACUGCAGCUUCCGGGGCCACACCUUCGACAACUGCCGCAAGCGCCAGAAGGAUCGGCACGAGGAGCAGCAGGAGGAGUAGGCGACAGAAACACCACCAAAUACCAAGAGGCAGCCAGCCACCGUCAUUGGUGACCUCAUCGCUGGUGCCGCCGCCCAUCAAUACAGAACUUUUCCUAGCCUCGCCGGCCGAUCGACGCCAGAGAGAGCCCAACAACCGGAGAGGAAUAGAUGUGGAGCAGCAGCAGCCAAAUCAGCAGCAGCAACAUCUGCAGUAGCAACAUUAGCAGCAGCAACAUCUGCAGCAGCAACAUCAGCAGCAACCACAUCUGCAGCAGCAACAUCAGCAGCAGCCACAUCUCACACUCUUCAUACUCACUGGCAAACGGCGUGCCGGCAAGCCUCGAUUAGCAUCUGAAACCCAUAAAACCCACGCUGUUUUGUAUUGCUCUUCGCAAUGCCUCGAAAACGGCUCUAUUUUCAUAAUAUUUCACGCCGACGUGCGGCUAUUUUGGCACAGAACGCCAGCAUUUGGAAAGUAAUUGAAUUCAAUUGCUUUGAAUUUUGAACAAUCAUUUUGCAACUUGAAACUAAAUUUCGAGAAUCAUCGGGCGGAGCGGCUGAGGAUCACGCAUUUCGUCCGUAAGAUCGGUUAUUCGCAAUGGAGGAACGUGAAAUUCGAACCAGAUGGCGGAUGAAGUGCCUCGGCACGGAGCCCCCAUUUACUUCGAAUCUAAUGUUCUGACAUUGCGAGUCCCGAAGUGGAUGUUGCUUGAUCCCCAGUCGCCCCGCACAACCGUUGAUUCUCACAACCGCCGGCUCCACUUUGUGCCGGUCGGCGGAGGAGCAGCGAUUAGUUGGCUACCAAGAGAGAUGAUCGCUGUGUUGAGAAACAUGGCAAUCAUCGCUUUUGUACCAAUUUUUUGCUCAUCCUUCGCCUGAUCCUGGUCCUUUGUGAAGCUGGCAAAAAACCCCCCGUCCGGUGAACGCCCACUUAGAUCCUUUUGCCGAGGGACUUCGACGGCCCCGAAGGCGGGCGCCACCCGUUUCCGGUUGCGGUUUCGGCUGCUUCCGGUUUCCGGUGUCGCAACCCUUCGCGAUGUCCCCCGUGCGAGUGGAGCUACAGUGGGCGUGAACCGGGCAAAACCUAAAUUUCUUCGGAAAUUUAAAAACCAACCAAUUUUGACUUUUUUGUCAACAAGAAUCGGCCACAUAGCACCACGAUGGCUAACGAUUCGCCAUCCGUGCGGUUGGCACGCCAAAUUGUCUCUUCGAGAUCACGGGCCUAGGGCUGUUUAACAUUCGACCCCAGCGAUUUCGCGACAGGUUUCGGCACGCCAGUAUCUAACACAAAUCACACUGAAGCCAGGGGUUGGGACACGUCACUGCCGAGCUCCUCCAGCCGGCACAGACACUCCCCGCCCCCCACCAUGCAAAACCGGCCACUUGUGCAGAUGACAUAGGCGCGUCCAGCCAUAUGACCCGGAACCAAUUCCGGACCAUGGUGACCAGACUUGCACCGUGCGCCAUCAACCGGAGUCUUGGCCACAAGCACAGCAAGAGUUUGGCCCGCUAUCCCCACACAGAAACCAAGAGUGGGGGCCUAUGGAAGACCGCAAGUGGCUGCGUGGAAUUUGCUCAACAAAAAAAACAAACAAACUGUUUGAAGACUGAAGACUGAAACCAGAAAAACAUUAAACUACCAAACUCGCCAAA